AUGUCAAAGCGUCGAUCUUCAUCUGCGACAAGCAUCAAUAGCGGUGGCGUGGUUCUUUGCGAGCACAAUGUUCCUGCUGUCGUGAAGACAUCAGGCACCUCGACCAACCCAUGCAGGCAGUUUUAUGGAUGCUCAUAUUGGCAGAAUGUGGAUGGGAAACAUAAGUGUAGAUUUUUUAGGUGGGUCAAGAGGAUUGAUUAUGGAAACCAGGAUCUUGAGGCAAUAAUAAUACAUUAG